AGCUGCGCAUGUCGUCAGGUCACGUGUUUCCGGUCGCUUGCUGUUCCUUACGGUCGGACAUUUUGUCCAACUGCAACCUUUUGAAAAACAAAACACAACACAGUAUCGGUAAAACGUCACAUAUUUACGGAGUGUACCUCCGCUGUUAGAUGUGAACAGCAAACAUGUCGGACUUCAUUGAGAGUGAGGCUGAGUUAUCAGAGGAAGAAUUUAGUGACAAGGACUUAAAGCCCAAAAAGACCCAGAGGUUUAUGGAGGAUGAUGAUGAAGAGGAAUAUGAUGAAAAUACAGAGGACCAGGAUGAGCAGGGCAAUUUACGUGGGCUCAUUGAUGAUGAUGAGGAGGAGGAAGGUACUCAGAGGAGUGAGAGUGGAGGGGGCAGUGAUUCAGAAGAGGAAGUAAGGCCUCGACGUAAAAAGCGCAAUUACGAUGAUUACCUGGAUGAUGAUGAUCUUGAUCUAAUUGAGGAAAAUCUGGGUGUUAAAGUGAAACGGAGAAAGAAGAAAUAUGAGCGUGUAAGAACAAUGGACGAAGAUGAUGAGGAUGACGACGAAAAGGAUUUGAUUGCAGAUGAGAUCUUUCACGGAGACGGGGAUGGAGAAGGCGAGCUGGAGGAGGGCGAGGCCGUUGAUGAGGCUUUCCAACAAGCAGAUAAUGACGUCGAGGGAGAGGAUGAGGAGUCAGAUAUAGAUGAUUUCAUUGUUGAUGAUGAUGGCCAACCCAUCACUAAGAAAAGGGGCAAGAAAUUCUCUGGAUACACAGAUGCAGCCCUGCAGGAGGCCCAGGAGAUUUUUGGGGGCGACUUCGAGUUUGCCGACUUUGUUGCAGAUGCUUAUGACCAGGGUGAGGAGGAAGAAGAAGACCAAGAUGAAGAAAGUUGGGACCGACCCAAGAAACAGACUAAGAGGAGGCAGGGGAGGAAGAGCAUCUUUGAGAUAUAUGAGCCCAGUGAGCUAGAAAGCAGUCACAUGACCGACCAGGACAAUGAGAUCCGCUCUACAGACAUGCCUGAGAGGUUCCAGUUAAGAGCCAUCCCGGUUAAACCUGCUGAGGAUGAUGAACUGGAAGAGGAAGCUGAGUGGAUCUUCAGACAUGGCUUCUCCACACUUACAAUCUCCAUGCAGGAGAGUACAGAUUAUCUAGACAGAGGAACAACCACAAACUUCAGCAGGAAGGGUCCCAGCACAAUUGCCAAGAUCAAAGAGGCUUUGAACUUCAUGAGAAAUCAACAGUUUGAGGUUCCUUUCAUAGCUUUCUAUAGAAAGGAAUAUGUGGAGCCAGAGCUAAACAUCAAUGAUCUGUGGAAGGUGUGGCAAUGGGAUGAAAAGUGGACUCAACUGAAAACCCGGAAGCAGAACCUGACCCGUCUAUUUGAGAAAAUGCAGUCAUAUCAGUUUGAGCAGAUUUCUGCUGACCCUGACAAACCUUUGGCUGAUGGUAUCCGUCCUCUGGACACCGCAGAUAUGGAGAGACUGAAAGAUGUUCAGACUCUUGAAGAGCUGAGUGACGUGUACAACCACUUUCUUCUGUACUAUGGCCGAGACAUCCCAAAGAUGCAGAAUGCUGCAAAGGCCAACAAAAAGAGAAUCAAGAAGAUUAAAGAAGUGACAGAAGAUGGUGAGGAGGAGGAGCUGGAAAUUGAGGAAGAGGAAGAACAAAAAGGACCUGACCUCAAGCUGGCUUCUCGCAGAGAUAUGUACAGCAUCUGUCAGAGUGUAGGCCUUGAUGGCUUGGCCAAAAAGUUUGGAUUAACUCCAGAGCAGUUUGGAGAGAACUUGAGGGACAGUUACCAGCGCCAUGAGACAGAACAGUUCCCUGCUGAGCCUCUCGAGCUGGCCAAGGAUUAUGUCUGCAGUCAGUUCACGACCCCCGAGGCGGUGCUUGAAGGAACCAGGUAUAUGGUGGCUAUGCAAAUUGCCCGGGAACCUCUAGUCAGACAUGUCCUCCGACAGACCUUCCAGGAGAGGGCCAAGAUCAACAUUAAGCCAACCAAAAAGGGCAAAAAGGAGAUAGAUGAGGCUCAUUUUGCCUACUCUUUCAAGUACCUUAAAAACAAACCUGUGAAAGAACUGAAUGGGGAACAGUUCCUUAAGAUGUGCCUGGCAGAAGAUGAAAAAUUGCUCACCAUUAACAUCUCUAUUGACCUUAUAGGGGUCAAAGGGUAUGCUGGAGACCAAACAUACUUUGAUGAGAUCAAGCAGUUCUACUACAGGGAUGAGUUCAGUCACCAGGUGCAGGAGUGGAAUAGGCAGCGGACCUUAGCCAUAGAGAGGGCGCUCAAUCAGUUCCUCUACCCCCAGAUGGCCAAGGAGCUCAAGAGCAAACUGAACAUGGAGGCCAAAGAAAGCAUUGUCAGGUCCUGCUGUCGCAGAUUGUAUAAUUGGCUGAAGGUGGCUCCUUACAGACCAGAUCAGCAAGUUGAAGAAGAUGAUGAUCUGAUGGAUGAGAGUCAGGGAAAAGGCAUUCGUGUACUGGGGGUAGCCUAUGCACCUAGCAGAGAUACGCCGGUGUUCUGUGCUCUGAUUAACGGAGAAGGGGAGGUCGUCGACUUCCUGCGCCUGCCCUACUUCAUGAAGAGGAGGAAUGCCUUUAGGGAAGAGGAGAGGGAGAGAAAGGCCAAUGACAUUGAGAACCUGAAGAAAUUCCUAUCCAGCAAGAAACCUCAUGUGGUAGCUGUUGCUGGGGAAAACAGAGAUGCACAAAUGAUCAUGGAAGACAUCAAGAGGACUAUCAGUGAGCUGGAGCAAGAGUCCGCUCUGCCUGCUGUAGCAGUGGAACUUGUUGACAAUGAAUUAGCUACAUUGUACAUGAACAGUAAGAAGUCUGAGGCUGAUUUUAGAGAUUAUCCUCACCUCCUGCGACAGGCUGUGUCUGUAGCCAGGAAGAUCCAGGAUCCCCUGGUAGAAUAUGCUCAGGUCUGCAGCAGUGAUGAUGAUAUUAUUUGCCUGAAACUACACCCACUGCAGGAACACGUGGUGAAGGAGGAUCUGCUCUGUGCUCUGUACUGUGAAUUUAUUAACCGUGUCAAUGAGGUUGGAGUGGACGUAAACCGGGCCAUCGCACAUCCUCACACUCAGAGUCUGGUCCAGUAUGUCUGUGGUCUGGGGCCAAGGAAAGGCUCCCACCUCCUGAAGAUCCUCAAGCAGAAUAACACUCGUCUAGAAAACAGAACCCAGCUGGUCACAAUGUGUCACAUGGGCCCAAAAGUCUUCAUCAACUGUGCUGGUUUUAUCAAAAUUGACACUGCAUCACUUGGAGACAGUACGGACUCCUACAUUGAGGUUCUGGAUGGGUCUCGUGUUCAUCCUGAGACAUACGAGUGGGCCCGCAAGAUGGCUGUCGAUGCCCUCGAAUAUGACGAGUCGGCAGAAGAUGCCAAUCCAGCUGGAGCUCUGGAGGAGAUCUUGGAAAACCCAGAACGUCUUAAAGAUCUGGAUUUGGAUGCUUUUGCUGAAGAGUUGGAGAGACAAGGUUACGGCAACAAGGGAAUUACUCUGUAUGAUAUCCGAGCAGAACUGAGCUGCAGGUACAAAGACCUCAGAGUUCCUUACAGAGUUCCCAAUACUGAAGAGGUGUUCAACCUGCUUACCAAGGAGACACCAGAGACCUUUUAUAUUGGUAAGCUGAUCACCUGUGUGGUAACUGGGAUUGCUCACCGCCGUCCUCAAGGAGAGAGCUAUGACCAGGCUAUCCGUAAUGACACCACGGGGCUGUGGCAGUGCCCCUUCUGCCAGCAAGACAACUUCCCUGAACUCAGUGAGGUGUGGAACCACUUUGACAGUGGCUCUUGUCCAGGUCAGGCCAUUGGUGUGCGGGGCCGAUUAGAUAAUGGCGUCCAGGGAUUCAUUCCAACAAAAUUUCUCAGUGACAAAGUAGUCAAACACCCAGAGGACAGGGUCAAGGUGGGCAUGACAGUUCACUGUCGCAUCAUGAAAAUCGACAUUGAGAAAUUCAGCGUUGACCUUACCUGCCGUACCUCAGAUUUGACGGACAAAGGCAAUGAGUGGAAACUCCCAAAGGACAGCUAUUAUGAUUUUGACACAGAGACUGAGGACCAUAAACAUGAGGAGGAACUGAAGAAGAAACAGCAGCGAACACCAUAUAUAAAGCGUGUGAUUGCACAUCCGAACUUCCAUAAUAUUAGUUUCAACCAGGCAGAGAAAAUGAUGGAGACCCUGGACCAGGGAGACUUGAUCAUUAGACCCAGCAGCAAAGGAGAGAACCAUCUUACUGUCACCUGGAAAGUGGCUGAUGGGAUUUACCAACAUGUAGAUGUGAGAGAAGAAGGCAAAGAGAAUGCCUUCAGUUUAGGACACACCCUCUGGAUCAACAAUGAAGAGUUUGAAGAUCUGGAUGAAAUCACAGCUCGUUACAUACAGCCAAUGGCAUCAUUUGCACGGGAUCUGCUCAGUCAUAAGUACUUCCAGGAGUGCAAUGGGGGAAACAAGGAGAAAAUGGAGGAGCUGCUGAUCAGGACGAAGAGGGAGAAGCCCACCUUCAUUCCAUAUUUUAUUUCUGCAUGUAAAGAGCUGCCAGGAAAGUUUAUUCUGGGUUACCAGCCCCGCGGUAAACCACGGGUUGAGUAUGUGACCAUCACCCCAGAUGGCUUCCGCUACCGUUCACAGAUAUUUCCUACUGUGAAUGGAUUAUUCCGUUGGUUUAAGGACCAUUAUCAAGAACCUGUGCCAGGCAUCACGCCCACCAACAGCAGCCGAACAAGGACACCUGCAUCCCUCAAUGCAACCCCGGCUAACAUCAACAUUGCAGACUUGACGCGAGCUGUCAAUGCUCUGCCUCGCAACAUGACCUCACAGAUGUUCAAUGCCAUCGCUGCCGUCACAGGCCAGGCCCAGAAUGCCAACACUACCCCCGCGCAGUGGGGCUCCAGUCAGUAUGGCUAUGGUGGGAGCACUGGGGGAGGAGGCAGCUCCUCUGCUUAUCAUGUGUUUGCCACACCACAGCAGCCCAUGGCAACGCCCCUGAUGACACCAAACUACUCUUACACAACACCAAGCCAGCAGGUGUUAGGUACCCCACAGUACCCUGGUUCCACUCCACAAUCCUCACAUGUCCACACACAUGGAAGCCAUCUGCCACCCCACGGCCAUCAUGGUAAUCAUCAACAUGGACACGCCUCCAGCACACCAUCGUCAACCUCUUCUAGAGGACGAACGCCGCAGCAGCAGCAGCCAAAGUCCAGCGGCAGCACGUCAGCAGUGGACUGGGGAAAGAUGGCGGAGCAGUGGCUGAAAGAAAAAGAGGCAGAGGGACGGAAAAAGGCCCAGAGGAUGAUGCCACGACUGUCGCCCAGCCCGAUGAUCGAGAGCACACCCAUGUCCAUUGCUGGAGACGCCACACCCCUACUGGAUGAAAUGGACCGAUAGAACACAGAGGGAGCGUUGCUCCAGACCCCCAUCCAGCUCCCGCCUCCUUUUCCUGGACCUCCCACGCAACCCAUAUCCCAUCAGCCCUUUCUUUCACUUUAAGACAUUGACCUCCACUUUCACGUUCACCUCCUGGAGUUAUAGCUCUGGUUUAACAUCAUGACACCUUGAGAUAUCAUACCUCACUGCUUUUCCUUCCUCCAGUCCUCGCCCACAUUUCACCAACUCCUCCAACCAGGACAGCUGGACCUGUAGUAUUUUGUAAUGUCUGAACUCACUGUAAAUAUGGCACAAGAUGCCAGUACAAUAAUAUUUAAAUAAAAAUAAAAAUAAUAAAAUCUUGAAAGUGUUGACAGUGGUUACAGGUAGGAUAUGGACCUACAUAGAAUGUCAGAAUUAAGCUGUCUACUUCUCUUUGCAGCUGUUUUUUUUUUUCUUUCUAAGGCUUUUUUCUGAGUUUUGCCAGAUGGACACAGUUACAGUUAUAAAAAACAAAAAAACAAAAGCAAAACUUGUGAAUUUACUUGGAAUGCAUCAUAUGAAUGAAGAGGAGUUGUUCCCCUCCCCAUUUGAAUCAGGAGACUCUGCACAUCUGUCACAUGCAGCCUCACAUGCUGAAUGUUUGUGGACUGAUGAAGAUGAUUAAAAAGUAAAAUUAAUUAAAGAGAAUUGAGCUCCUGUGUUAGUUCGCUGUGUCCACCACAAGCAGUGGUAUAAUCCACUGACGAUGUAUGCGUAUUUUUGGUUUCUCUGUUGUAUUUUAUCCAGUGUGUGGACGCUGCCUGUCUCCCACAGACAUUUAAAGCUUUUUGUGCAACAUUCUACUUAAAGUCCCUUCAGUUGGUUUUAGUAACAGUCCCUAAUUUCUCAUUGGGGAUAAUAAAGCAAUCUGUCCAUCGAACUGGCAACUUUUAAAAGUGUGCAUAUGCAUGGAGGAGUUUUUUUUUUUUUUAAAUAAAAAAAA